AUGCUUUGCAGCCCAAUCGCUAGUCUUCCAGCGUGGGCGCGUCACCCGGCCCGACUGCUCCCCUGUGAUGCUUGUCCUGCUAGCACCGCCUUGGCCUGCCGAGUAACAGUUGCCGCCACCGCCGCCAUAAAGGGCAUGCAUCGCCUUCGAGUCCGAAUCAACAGCAGCGCCAGCUCUCUGCUGGCCCCUCUCCCUCGCCUCUUCCUUCGCAGAAGCCAAGCCCGUGCAGACGUGUCUGAAACUCAUGCUGCCUAUACCAUUGUUGUUCAUGUACGGCAUUUCUUCUGUGGUCGACACGCUGACUGUUGGCAUACCUUCGCGAGCAUUCGAUUAUGAGUUGUACGCAUAUUAUUUGUAAUACAAACGUAAUACAAACAUUAGGUGGAAAGUAGCUUCUUCUAUCAUUGAAGUAACUAGUUUUGUAAUAGUUAUACCAUCUGAAAUGGAUAAAUUCUAAUCUCAAAUUUGAAAACAAAUAAUUUAUUACAUUAAUUCAUAUUAUUCAGUAAGAUAAACUACAGAUUAUUCAAUAUUUAUGUAUCUUAAAAAUACAAAUUGUCAAUAAAAUAUGUGAAUAGUUUAAAAAAUCAAGGUUUUUCGUAUUUUCCAUGGAAAUGAAAACCUAAAUAAAUCAAAUGCAAUAUUCUAUUCGGUACAUGAGUGUUUACCUCUUUUAAAUAGGCACAAAAAAUUGUCUUUCGUCUGUAUAAAUUCGUAAGUAUAUUUGUAGCUAAUAUUUUGUUUGUAAAAGCCCGUUAUGACUCUAAAUACAUAUUCUUUUGUUUAUAACGUGUUUCUUAUGGUUUUAUGUACUAUAAAGACAGUCAAAAUAAUAAUAUAAUUCUUUCGUGUGAUUUACCAUUUACUACAAAGUCCCAACAUGAACUAGUAAGUCCUUCAUAUCAAUUUCUCGAAAAUUUUAAGUUGUAUCAAAUAUUUGUCUAAACAAAUAUCGUUUAGCAAGACUUUAAGUACAAAGUCAAAUGUAGAUAUUGUCCUUCCCUAGGCAAAAUUUAAUAUUGAAUAACGGAGUAAAUUGUCGCCGCCUGUAAGAUACCCCAUGUAAAAACCGCUCCUGGGUCAAUCCAGUGGUUAAUAUAUUCCCUGCUAUAAACAGAUGUCAUUGGAAGUCGGGAAAAAUAUGUAGAGGAAACGGUCAUACCUAGGGACAUUUUUAAUGUUUUGAUUUUUUCCUUCUUUUGGACAUGACAUUGUUUAUGUACCUCUUUUUGGGAUGUUACACAUCUCAGCAUAUUUAUGUGCAUGAAUAAUAAAUUUUAAUAACAUUCUAUAAGGUGCUCCUUAGUAUGGUUUGUGUAAAGUGUCCCUAAGUACAUCGUAGUUAUGUACCCGGGGACAAUGUAGGGAAACUGAAAAAAAUGUAACUAAAUGUAUUUUUUUCAUGCAGAGAUUAUUACUAUAACAUUUAUUAAACAAUAUAUUUCAUCUAGAUUUUAACAAGUAGUGUGUAAAGGAAAAAAUAAAAUUUUGCUGCCUCAAUAACCACCAAAGACACAUUGGUUCUGGAGCGUAUGUUCUGUUCUCUAUGCCAACUUCAGAGGAUAUAAGCAUGUGUGAUAAACAUUUCUUGAAUAAAAAUGACUUCAUCCUAGAUUAUAACUUGGAAAAGAAACAAAAAAAAUGCUGCCUUUGAGAACAACCAAACACAGGUGGGUCAGUGAGAUUAAUGUCAUCCAUGUAAAAUUAGAACAUUCUUAAAUUUUCAAUGAGUGUUUUUUUUUUGUAAAUAUUGUACAAUAAAGUUUUCAAAUUUGUCAUUUU